GUAUAUUGUCAUUGUUAUUUGUUACCACUGUUACUGUAGUCCGUCUACUGCGUUUGAACUGCUGUUGUUUUGUUUCCCGUUCCUCCGUCAUUCGUCAGUCGAUACAGACCGUUCCCGUUUGCCAGGUCGUCUAUCGUUCGUAUCGUUCCGUUUGUCCCGUUCCGCGGUACACAAUGAAGUUCCAGUACAAAGAAGACAACGUUUUCGAGAAAAGGAAGACUGAGGGCGAAAAAAUCCGGAAGAAGUAUCCCGACAGGGUCCCGGUGAUCGUUGAGAAAGCACCUAAAUCGCGUAUCGGCGAGCUCGACAAGAAAAAGUACCUCGUACCUUCCGACCUAACGGUUGGCCAAUUCUACUUCCUCAUCAGAAAGCGCGUUCACUUACGUCCCGAAGACGCCCUGUUCUUUUUCGUCAAUAACGUCAUUCCACCAACCAGUGCCACAAUGGGAUCAUUGUAUAAUGAUCACCGUGAAGAAGAUUACUUCUUGUACAUUGCGUAUAGUGAUGAAAAUGUCUAUGGACGAGUGUAACACACUUGAGAAAUGUCGGUUGGUUGUUUUUCAUUGUUCAUUUCAAAAUGCACUCCUUGAAUACAUAAUGACCUAAAAAAAGUUAUAAAAUGUAUUAAAAAUUGGUUAAUAUAAUAUACA